AAUCAAUAUAGCUAUCUAUCUACCUUUUUAUCUAUGUAACUAUCCAUCCAUCUUAGUAUCUUUCUACCUCUCUAUGAGAUUUCUUAUUUUUUCUGAUUACCAAAGUAUUUAUUUAUCUAAACAUCUUACUAGCAUUGUGUCUUACCAUUCACCCAAAUACUUCUCAACCUUCGUGCCUAUUUAAAAUUUAUUUCUUUAUCUUUCCAUUUUCUACUUUGAUCAGAUUUUUCUUCGCCCAUAUUUUCUAUCUCCCGUUGCAUCGUAAUAUUUCUCUCACUCUCUCCCACUCUGUAUAAUAUUGAAAUCCCGUCUAGAUACGGGAUGAGUCUGCCGUUCAUCAUAACCUCAUCGCUUGCAGAGAAAAAUAAAGAUGAAACAAGGCGAAUGAAUGAAGUCUUAUUUCUUGAACUAGAAACCCUCCAACGUGAGUACAAGAGAAGCCGACAAGUUGUUGAGCAGCUGACCAAGGACUAUGAGGAAUCUAAGGAUUUAGACCCCGUCCGACGCUACGAAAAACUUAAAGUAAUGGUCAAGCGGACUAUAAUGCACUUUAAAGUAAAUUCUGAAGAACAAAUCAAAGAGGCCGCAGCUGCGGCAGCCUGCCAAGGAACACAGGCAGAGGCACUGAAAAGGCGUGGGGAGAAAAACACAAAAAUGACACGCCAGGAGAUGAUUGAGGAGAAUACGUUAUACUCGGAGCAAAUCAAGAAUUAUCGUCGCAAAAUGUCGAUUCUGUCUGAUUUAAUCCAGCAGCUUGAGGACUCCUAUGAAGAAUCUAAGAGAUACGCCAUGAUGCAGCGCUAUCGUCUACUGAAAAUGAUGAUAAAGUCAGUUAUAUACGAUAAACUGAUUUGACCGGAAGUGGUGCAAAAAUAUGGAGGAUUGAAAGACGGUAUACAUUAAAGUAAAAUAUAAAAAUCAUGCGGAGAGAAUGAAUCAUGGACGAAGAAGUACAGCAGAAGAUUAUCAGUAAACUGUUGUAAUAACACAGACGCAAACAUACUGAAUAUGCAUACAGUCGCACAUACACUACAAUAUAUCAAUAUACCAAUAUAUUUAUAUACGUGGGCAUAUAUAUAUAUAUAUACA